GCUUCGUUAGUACUCUGUCCACCACUUAUACGUCAAGUAUGAAGCUCUUGGUUUUGCUGGCGUCAUUUGUGGCGGUGGUUGUCCUGGGUAACCCACUGGAUGAUUCCUAUCACCCCAGUUUUCGGGACGAACAAGCAUCCUCCUCCAGCAGAAAUGCCCAACAAGAGCAGACCAUAGAAUAUUGGAAGGAGAAUGCCAAGCAAACCGUGGACACCCUGGUCAACAGGAAAGACAACACGAACGUCGCAAAGAAUGUCAUAAUGUUCUUGGGCGACGGCAUGUCCAUUUCAACCGUGGCCAUGGCCCGUGUCUACGCCGGAGGUGAGGAGCGCCAGCUUUCGUUCGAGCAGUUCCCGUACAUAGGUAUGUCGAAGACCUACUGCGUUGAUUACCAAGUUCCGGAUUCGGCCUGCACCGCAACCGCCUAUCUGACUGGAGUAAAAGGGAACUACGAAACCAUUGGGGUCAACGCUCAAGUCCCUACCACCCAUUGUACGGCCACAUUGGAUAAUAGCACUCAUACGUACUCGAUUGCAAAGUGGGCAAUGGAUGCCGGAAAGGAUGCUGGCGUAGUUACGACAACCCGGGUAACACACGCCUCUCCGUCUGGAAACUACGCUCAUAUUGCCGAUCGUGAUUGGGAAAGCAAUGGAUACGUUGACGCUAAAGGUUGUGAUUCAGAAGUUCUGGACGACAUUGCUGAGCAGUUGGUUCACGGAGAAACCGGUAAGCGAUUGAAGGUUAUCAUGGGAGGAGGCAGAAGAGAGUUUUUAGACACCGACUUGGAUCCAGAAUACGGUACCCAAGGAUACAGAACAGACGGUAAAAACUUGAUUCAAGAGUGGUUGGACUUAGCUGAAGAAGGUGAAAAUCGUACUUAUGUGUGGAACAAACAAGAUUUGUUCAAUGUUGAUCCGGCGAGAACUGACAAACUGUUGGCUCUUUUCGAACCUUCUCACUGCGCAUAUAAUCUGGAUCGAGUACACAAGAAUAUGGAAGGCGAACCAAGCCUGGCCGAAAUGGUUGAUCGAGCUACGGACAUUCUGAGUAAUAACGAGAAUGGGUUCUUCCUUUUUGUGGAAGGCGGACGAAUUGAUCACGGACAUCACGACACCUGGGGCAGGCUUGCAAUCGACGAAACAGUGCAGUUUGCGGAAGCCAUCGACCUUGCACGGAAGAAGUUCAGUGAAGAAGACACCCUCAUUGUCGUCACUUCUGAUCACUCGCAUUCUGUUAGCUACUCCGGUUAUGCGUCCCGGUCUAGCGACAUCUUCGGCUGGGCUGGAACCGCUUCGGACGGAUUGCCAUACAUGACGCUCAGCUACGCCAACGGAAGGGGAUACAACGACCACAUUGAUUUGGAAACGAAAGGUCGCAAGGACGUCCGCACGAUGGACACCCUGGAGGACUACUUCCGCUUCCCUGCGACGCUGCCCGUCGAUUCGGAGACCCACGGUGGCGAGGACGUCGCCGUGUACGCUUCGGGACCGUGGGCUCAUCUGUUUACUGGGUCGUACGAGCAGCACGUCAUUCCGCACUUGAUGGCGUACGCUCUGUGUGUCGGUGACGGGUUGAAGGCGUGCGACGAAUCCACUCAAUAGGGAAGCCGUCGCGCAUGGCGGGAGGCGUUGUAAAUUAAAGUAAAUUGUAGAUUAUAUGUAGUAAAUUAUUGACAAUCUCGAGAUUAGAAUAAACGGUAUUUGCUUCGGCAAUAUUCGAUUUCAAUAA